AUGUCGUCGUCAUUAUCUAGGACUAGAGCAGCGUCAUUCAGUAGCGUACCAACACCUGAGGACUUCGUAAGGAAGUGUAUAACUAGAUCGCCCUUCUUGGUAGCGUUGAGAGAGGCUAACACUCCCCGGAGGCUGAGGCCACUCACUGUAGAGGAGAUAGAAGGAUUGGAGGCGUCUGGGUGUAGUUCUGAAGACUGGCAGGAGGUCAUGGUUAUAGGGGAAGAGCCAUUGGCUGUGAAGAUGAUAAGGAACUGUGCAUUUCAAGGACGAGUUGAGAUUGGUGUGGUAGAAGGUUCUAAGGUUACUCUCAGUGACUAUAAUCGUCAUCAGCUACCGUGUGGCGUCACCAAUAGCGUACUACAGGAUGUAGUAGUAGAGGCUGGUACUCUGAUAAAGGACUGCGGCCUUGUUGCUAGUACUGUUGUCCGGAAAGGAGCGGCCCUUAUACGUUGUGGGGUCAUUGAAGGGCCCUCACAAUCCGACUGCUGUAGGUAUGGUAAUGGCCAUACCUUGCCUCUGGCAGAGGAGACUGGUAGUAGGGAGACACGCCAAUUUGCUGAGCUCUCGAUCGAGAUAGCGGCUAAGGUGGCCUCUGAUAGAAAACUAGCGCAUGGUUAUCAUAAGGCAGUGAACGAUUAUGUUGCUGCGGUCGAGGCUUGUGGAAAGGGUCGGACGAUUGUGGACGAGAAUGCAGUGGUGUUAUCGUGCUGUUCUAUAAAGGGUAGUUAUAUAGGUCGCAAGGCGCGAGCAGUGAAUUCUAAGAUCCAAGACAGUGCUUUACUCGAGGAGAAUAAUGUUGAAAACUGCAGCCUUAGUACUGCUAUUCUCCAGAAGGCUGCGAGCGUGGUAUCUUUUGGUAUGGUCGAGGGCUCAGUACUGUGCCCUACGGUACAUGUUGAACGACACGGAAAGGUUUUUGAUUCUAUCAUAGGACCAUGUUCAGGAGUGGCCGAGGGAGAGGUGACUGCAUCGCUAAUAGGACCUUUCGUUGGCUUCCAUCACCAAGCCUUGCUGAUUGCAUGCUUCUGGCCAGCCGGUAGAGGAAAUGUGGGGUAUGGCGCCAACGUGGGGUCUAAUCAUACGGGCAAGGCCCCGGACCAGGAGAAUUGGCCUGGGGAAGGGACAUUCUUCGGAUUGGCGUCGAAUAUAAAGUACCCUUUUAACCUGGUGGAUGCGCCUUAUUCUCUUAUUGCUACUGGAGUCAGCUGUUUGCCGCAAGCGAUAGGGUUACCAUUUAGUCUGGUGAACGAGUCAACGGAGCACAUCUCCGGUCUUUCUCCUGCUAUCAAUGAGGUUACACCAGGAUGGAUGCUCAGCGACAAUAUGUAUUCGCUGUUCCGAAAUGAAGCCAAGUUCGAAUCCCGGCAGGGGAAUCUUCCUAAAGAUGGGGUUAUGUAUCAAUAUUCAGUGUUCCGACCAGAGAUAAUGGAUAGAGUCGUCAAGGCUCGUGAUGCUUUGAAGGCUGUGGAUCCUAAGGAUGCCCGUCUGAGGGACGCGAGGGGCCGAGCAGUUUAUACUGAUAAACAGAUCGCCAUCUUGGGCAAGAACUGGAUGAAUGACUCGGCUCGACUCACAGCCAUCAAAACCUAUUCAACAUUCCUUCAAUGGUAUGCAAUUAGAGGUUUAUGGAGGAGGUUGGCGUUACAUGCUGAUGAUGAUGAGCUGCUGAGGACGCCUGGAAAUGCAGCUAAGGCGGUUUCGAGUAUAUUGGCAUACCUGAAGUCCCCUCCUGUAGUGGACCUAAGUCCUCUAUAUGAAGACCUUACUGCAUGCGCCUUUCGAGAUGAAGUCUCGCAGGCUGAGUUAAAGGACCUGCAGUGGGCACAUGAAUGCAAGAUUCUUCUGGCUGAGUGCCAUGACCCUCUGAAUAUACCAGCACUGUUGCGGUGGUAUGCGGAGACGAAUCAAGCGAUCGCUAGGUCGUGUGAAACGGCCAAGUCCCGGGACGAUGCUAGGGGGGCGCGUAUUAUUGGGAGUAGCUAUACUGAGGCUCAUGAGGCGGCUCACGAUAACAAAGUUUGUAAAAAGGCUAUGGCGGAAGCGAAAAGUGUUAAGGACGAUAUUGAAAAUUUUCUCGCUACUUCGAAGCUGUGAACUUCUCUCUGUGUAAUUAUUUUACUCUGUAUUCUCCUGGAAAAUUCCUAAAUUCCUUUUUUUCCUGUAGUAUGCUAUCACUGUUGGUAGGGUCCCUCAGGCUGGGGUUUCUGCGC